CCUUAGUGCUGACCACUUUCCCAGGCAUAUCAGUAGCCUCUGUCCAUCACCCAUGCUGGAAGCUACUUGGAAAACGAGAAAUAGAAAUUGGGGAAGGGAAAUGAUGCAUCAUCAUCCUGGCUGGAAUGUACAGAAGACUUUAUGCUGUUUUCAUCAUGUGGAUUCACUAGAGAAAUGACCCCUUUUGAUCAGCCAAGUAAAAUCAAAAACUUCUUUAUUUGCUGCCUGUGGCCCUCACGGCUGCUGAGGCUCUGGACUUGCAGGCGUCCAAGGACAAGGAGGAAUCUGCUAGUGGGCACUGCCUGUGUGAUCUACCUGGGAUUCCUUGUCAGCCAAGUGGGUCAUGUUUUACCACAGCACAAAGGAGGACAUCGAAAGAUCAGUUCCAGGAGUCUCCAAGAUGCAGCUCAAACUCCUUUUCUGGGCAUCCCACUGGAUGGCACCCUGUCACCGCCCAAUUUCCAGGAACCCCAGCUUGGUAGCAAUGGGACCUUGCUGCCACCCAAUGUAGUUUAUAUCACCCUGCGGUCCAAGCGCAGCAAGCCUGCCAACAUCAGAGGCACAGUGAAGCCAAAGCGCAGGAAAAAAAAUGCAAUCCCUUUGUCCUACGGGCAGCACUUUCCAAAAGCCACUUUUAUGGGCUGGGAAGAGGCCUUUGCCCAACAGGCAGGGCAGGCCACACGUGCUGCAGGAACAAAGGGACCAGCGAUCUCUCUGGAGGCAAGAAAGUACCAACUGGAUGAACACAGGCAUAAAGGAAUGACUGUCAGGGAGAGAGGUCACCAGAGACCUGGGAGGAUUUCUGGAGCUGUAAAGGCACAGCUCCAGCCUGAGGAAAGCAAUAUCAGGAUUUAUAGUGAGAGCCCUCCCUCAUGGAUGAGCAAAGAUGACAUCCUAAACAUGCGCAUGCUGGCAGACUCUCCCAUUGAGAGCAUUCAAGAAGUACCUUCGCACAAAGCAGUCCUGGCAGUAUUUGCAAGAGGUCCCAGCACUGUGGGAACUGCUUGUAAUCAGGGACACUGUGGAAUUGUCAGAAGACCUCUCGACAUGAGUGAGGUGUUUGCCUUUCAUUUGGACAGGAUCUUGGGGCUAAACAGGAGCUUACCUUCUGUAAGCAGGAGAUCAGAAUUCUUCCAAGGUGGUCAAGCCUGUCCUAUUAUUCUCUGGGAUUCCUCACUGAGUCCAACAGAUAAUAGUACCCAUUCUUCAGUGAGGUUAACGUGGGGACAAUAUCAGCAGCUACUGAAGAAGAAAUGCUGGCAGAAUGGUAAAGUUCCCAAAACUGAGUGGGGCUGUACUGAAAUUCAUCAUCAUGAAUGGUCCAAGAUGGCACUCUUUGAUUUUCUGUUGCAGAUCUAUAAUCGACUAGACAGAAAUUGUUGUGGAUUCAAACCUCUCAAGGAGGAUUCUUGCAUGCAGCAAGGACUGAAGCUGAAAUGCAAUGAUCAGGAUUCUGUUGACCUGACACACAUCGUUCAGAGAAGGCAUGACCAAAGGCACUUGGCCUUUAUAGACAAUAAGGGUUUCUUUGACAGAAAUGAGGACAAUCUUGACUUCAAAAUACUACAAGGAAUCAAUGAAUUCCCUGCAUCUGCAGUUUCAGUGCUGAGGAGCCAGCGUUUACGUGAGAAGUUGCUCCAGUCUUUGUUCCUUGACAAAAUAUACUGGGAGAGCCAAGGAGGCAGAAAAGGAAUUGAAAAGCUUAUUGAUGUAAUAGAAAGGCGGUCCAAAAUUCUUCUUACUUAUAUAAAUGCACAUGGAGCCAAAGUAUUGCCCAUGAAUGAAUGAAACAGUCUUGUUUCCAUCUGAGAGAAAGUCUUUAAAAAAUGUUUUAUGGGGCAGAAACUGAUGGUAAAAUUGAUUUAAUUCAUAGCAUCAUUUUUUCCCCAAACUUUCAAAUUUACUUUUAAAUAAGAAAUCUUACAUGGUUUAAAAGUAACAUUAAAUGUCAGCUGCAGCUCAACACAAUGUAGUCUCUUCUAUGUCACCAGUGAAAUGAAAAAUAACCAAAUGAUAAUAUGCAGUAAUAUGUAGGUACCAUGAACACUCUUUCUAUUGAAGUGCUUGAAAAUUGGCAACAGGAUUUUCAGUACAUUAGCCUGGAUUGCUCUUACUUCCCUUAUUGAAGUCAGUAGAUUUUAUUGCAAGUUUAAAUGGGAAAAGAGAUGUGUAAGCACUUGAUAUAUUGAUGACACUUGCUGAAACAUAUAUAGUUUAGGAAUUUCUUCUUUUAUUAGGUAUACUAAAAUGCCAACAUUUCCAAG